AUGAGGUGGGGUAUUGUGUAUCUGCUGUUGCAGCUUGCAGUGCUGUCCACAGCCCAAUGGGAUAACAAUUCAUCAGCCCCGAUCGAGCUUGCACCUGCGCCAUGGACGUUGAAGGGGACCGUCUAUUCUAUCACCUUUGUUCCCCUUUCAACCGAUCUGCCAACGAAGGCAUUCCCGCCACUUGAACGGCGGUAUAAUUCAGCGAUAGAGGGAGAGUACAUUGGCAUACUUGGUCAGAUACAGAUUAUCCGAUACACGGAUAGUCCUGUUGGUCCAUAUGACGAGCUCCUGAUCGUUCCGGGGUUCUUCAAAUAUAACUACACGGACCCGAAUGGAAAGACAGAGGAGAGGAAGAAUGUCAGAGUUAGUAGGAUCUACGUCAGCCAAAAGUAUACGUGUUGGAACGGGAGAACAAAUUGGAAUAUUCCCAAGCACUUAGCUAGAUUUGACUGGGUUGAAGGAAAAAACGGCGAAACAUCAGUCAAAAUCUACCCACACGAUACCACUGGUGACCCCUUCGAAUCCAAACCAGCGGAAAAGCCAUGGUUUCAAGCCACUUUCAAGCCAACCCUCCCAGUUGGUUUGCCAUUCAGCACUGACUUGUACAAGCUCGUGGGCGUUGAUACGCUACUAGCCCAGCCACCUUUGCCCAUUGGCAACAACACCUACGGAGAACUUCCGGGGACAGACUAUUGGGCGGCCACAGUACCGAACCAGGUAACUAAGCGCGCUUCACUCGGAACCAUGGAUAUGGAUCAAGGGGAUGGUGACGUUGAACAAGGCCAUGAUACGAAUGUGGUGGGCGAUGAGUACUUUCCAAACUUCUGGCCUAGUCUUCCACGUAUCAACCUAGCGACUAAGUUAGAGGACGCCACUAUCACUUUCAGUAAACCUCUAACUUGGAAUAAUUAG